UCCACCAGUCGCCUCAGGUACUUACCAAAAGAAGUAGUUGACUGAGGACUACAGUACUACAUGAUUAUGACAAGAACGAGUUCGAUACCAUACCCUGACACAACAGCAUACGAAGCCAUACACGUACACCCCGUUCUAGCGGUAUUUGAACCGGCCGGAGAUCCCUGUUCGCCAAUCUAACGCCCUGACCAAUCAGCGGCCCAAACCCCCGCCAAUUUUCGAUGGGGAAAAUCAUUUUCAUCCUUUUUACUUCGAGCCCGCUGCCCAAUCGCGGGGCUGAAUCUGGUCCUUUUUCCCUCACUGUCACUGGGUCCUACUACUUCCAAGCCAUCCAUGCACCUGCCAGGGCUUGGACUCGUGCUCUUGUCUCUCCUCUAUCUACCACUUUGACAGUCGAAUUCCUGACUGCUCUAUUUCGGUCUUGUCAGUGGAGUGUCAAAUCAGAUUGUUACCCAGUCUAGAUGAUCCAUCUGUCCGUAUACCGGAGUUACCGUGGACAUGUGGGUAGUAUCUAUGCUACUGGUUGAUGAGGAGCACUGCCGAUAUUAUUAUGUCUAUCGGGCAUAUCAAAUAUAAAAGCCUCUGAAAGACUAAACAGAUUAAAUGAUCAUAAAUAAAAUAAUCGACUGGUAGUAUUGAUCCUCCCAUCAAUCAUCUCUUCCAUCCUAGCUUUUCCCCCUCUCAUUCCCCCUCCUUCUCCCUCCAUCAUCGUUCUUCUCUACUACUCGCUAACAUCUUCCCUGAUCGUCACUGUGCCUUGCACGCUCGCCUGGCC